UCCCAGACUAAAAACCAUAACCCGCAAUGGCUUCUCGUCUUCUGUCUUUAAGACAAAAGAAUAGUCUCACGGCGUUUAGAAGGUCAGUUUUAUCACGUUCCUAUACUAUUGACGCAAAGAAACAUGGUUUCGUUUUGUCCCAGAAAUCUGCUAUUCCUGAAAUAGAUGUUGAACUCCUACGUUUUAAACAUGAAAAAACCGGCGCUGAUUAUUUGCAUGCCCAAUGUGACGAUACGAACAAUGUCUUCAGCAUUGGAUUCAGCACUCCUCCAACAAACGACAAGGGCGUUCCUCACAUUUUAGAACAUACAACGUUAUGUGGAAGUCAAAAAUUCCCAAUUCGUGACCCGUUCUUUAAAAUGUUAAAUCGAAGCUUGUCUAAUUUCAUGAACGCAUUCACUGCUUCAGAUUUUACGUUUUACCCAUUCGCAACGACCAACAAGAAUGAUUUUAAAAACUUGAGAUCCGUUUACUUAGAUGCGACAUUACAUCCUCGUUUACGAAAAGCCGAUUUUAUGCAAGAAGGUUGGCGCUAUGUCCUAAACAAGUCUGAUCAAGACCUUCCUAUUAGUUACAACGGUGUCGUUUUCAACGAGAUGAAAGGUCAGAUGUCUGAUGCGUCAUAUCUCUUUUACAUUCGCUUUCAAAAACAUCUGGCCAAAGGCACCAUUUAUGAACACAAUAGCGGAGGCGAUCCUUACUGUAUUCCGGACCUCUCCUACGAAGAAUUGGUAGCUUUCCACGACUCCCACUAUCAUCCUUCCAACGCGAAGAUCUUUACUUACGGUAAUUUAUCUCUAGACGAAAACCUUAGUGCUUUGAAUGAGGCCUUUAGCCAAUACUCAAAGGAGACUUUGAAGCCAGAGGUGAAAUAUAUUCCUAAUUUUGCGGCCCCUCGACGUGUAACAGAACACUGUCCCAUUGAUCCUACAAUUCCACAAGACAAGCAGGCAAAGUUCUCCAUCUCAUUUUUAGGUAAUGACAUAUGUGAUCAAGAAGAAACGUUCUCAUUGCAGGUGCUGUCCAAGUUAUUGACGGAUGGGUAUUCGUCGCCUAUGUACAAAGCUUUAAUUGAAAGCGGUCUUGCUACGGAUUAUUCGCCAAACACUGGCUAUGAUUCAACGAUGAAACGCUCGGUGUUUUCCAUUGGUGUGGAAGGUGUCUCAACAGACAAGCUUGAAACAAUUGAAAAAACUAUAUUGUCUACAUUUGAUAAGGUUGCAUCAGAAGGCAUUGCGUUUGACAAAGUUGAAGCUGUUCUGCAUCAACUCGAGAUUUCCUUGAAACACAAGUCUGCAAACUUUGGUAUGGGUUUGGCUCAAAGUAUUCCGUAUGUUUGGUUUAAUGAAGGCGAUCCUAUCGAUGCACUGUCCUUCAACAAACGCAUAUCCUCUUUCCGUAAGAAAGCAAACGAUCCGACCUUUUUGACUGGCCUCGUGCAAAAAUACAUGCUUGGUAACUCCAACCGACUCAUUUUUACCAUGUUGCCAGACGAGCAGUAUCAAGCUGAUGUACAAGCAAAGGAACAAAACAAAUUGAAAGAAGCAGCAUCAAAGAUGUCAAAGAAGGAGCUUCAAAAUAUUGAGAAAACGAACAUGGAAUUGCAAAAAGAUCAGGAACAAACUGGCGAUAUAAAUUGUCUGCCCACUCUUAAAGUUUCUGACAUCCCCCUCCAGCAAGAACCUACGAUACUCGACUUUGACAAAGUCCAGAAUCAUGAAGUCCAAUGGUCAAAAAUUCCCGCAGGCUUAACGUACUUGCGUGUCUUUAUUCCGUGCAUGCAUCUUCCUGACACUUUGGUCCCUUACUUGAACUUGUUCUCAGAUGCGUGCCUUAGUUUAGGCACCAAAGAUAUGAAUAUUUCAGAACUUGAACAACAGAUAAAGCGUUACACCGGAGGCAUCACUGUAUCGCCUACAUUCUCUACAGCACCGACUUCAAGAGCAUUGGGUCAGUUUGGCAUUUCAAUCAGUAGUUUCUGCUUAGAUUCCCAUGUGGAACAAACAAUGUCUCUUAUUCGUAAGGUUUUCUUCGAAACUGAUUUUUACCAUACAAAGAACCUGUCAACCAUGCUUAAAACAAUGGCAAAUGGACUACUCAACAGCGUGGCCGAGCGUGGACAUGUGUUCGCUCGUACCAAUGCAGCCUCAUCAUUAACAGUGAAGGCUGCACUUGCUGAGCAGCUUGGCGGUAUAGAGCAUUUACAGCUUGUGCACAAGCUCUCUAACAAGACGCCUGAUGAACUAACCGAUUUAUCUAAAAAGUUUGACGAUAUUCGUCACUUUUUGUCUCCUCUUAAAAACGCACGGCUAUUCGUAAGCUGUUCGCAACAGCAGCGUCCCAUUGUUGCAUCCUUCAUUCCUAAGUUUACAGAUGCCUCCCAACGGUUAAUGAGUUCUGCAAACGAGUCUUCUGCUGCCCAAACCACUUCGCGAAAACCCGCCCAUACGUACUAUGUUCUCCCCUACUUCACACAUUACACCUCGCGGUCACUUUUGGGCGUCCCAUAUGCCCAUGAGGAUGGUGCAGCUUUGCAGUUGUUGUCAUCGCUCCUUACUCAUAAGUUCCUUCACCGUGAAAUUCGUGAAAAAGGCGGUGCCUAUGGAGGCGGCUUGACAUAUAACGGUCUGGAUGGACUUCUCUCGUUUUAUUCUUAUCGUGAUGAUAAUCCGUUGCAGAGCUUUGAAGCGUUCCAGGAAGCUGGAAAGUGGGCAUCUCAAAACUCGUUUUCCGAGUCGGAUCUGAAUGAAGCAAAAUUGUCUACUUUCCAGAGUGUUGAUGCUCCCGUGAGCAUCAGUGCCAAGGGAUCUUUAUUCUUCUACGAUCGAGUAACGGACGCGAUGCGUCAAAAACGCAGAGAACAAUUGCUUUCCGUAACCAAAGCAGCCGUUCAGCGUGCAGCAAAUGAGUACCUACUUUCCGAAAACAAGUCUUCUGAACCGUCUCAUUACGAUGUCAUUUUAGGACCCGAGAAUAAGAAACUCGAUGCUACUUGGACUACCAUUAUACCUUUUUGAUGUGUUUGUACAAAUGAAUAUGUUUCUGUUACUAAAACUAAAACUAGAACUAGAACUAAUGAGGUGAUGAUCAUUUGAACCGGCAUGCAUGUAGAGCGUUGUAGUGAGAUUACUUGUUUACAAUGAAAGCAUAAGUUCUGUUUUCUUCGUGUACAUCAAUCUAAAAUUUUGUCUGC